AUGGCGCUGCGGGAGCCUCGGAGAGACGAAGCUGCAGCUGCGCUGCUCUUCCAGAAGGCCCAUUUCCGGCACGACCCGCGCUGGCUGCUGCCCGUGGCCCCGCACCUCUGCCUGGCCUGCGCGCUGGAGCUGCUGCCCGAGCCCGGGGUGUCGGUGGUGCGCAAGAAGCACUUGCUGUCCUGCUUUCGAGAUGCCCUCGUGAGGCACACGACCCUGGUCCUGCAGCUGGUGGCUCAGGAACAGAGAAUCUGUGACCACUUCACAAGCACACUGUUUGGACUGUUAUGCAAGGUGGAAGAUGGGAGUCUCACAGAUCUCUGUAUUGAAGUCCUGAUCCAGCUUACAACUCAGCUGAAGCUGGAGCAGACGGUCCAUUGCCUGCUGGAUGAGUGCCACAAAGAGAUGUGUGACCUGUCCUCCAUGCAAGGCAGCCUGGCGAUCCUGACCUUUCUUGGCAAGUUGGUAGAUGCCAUCCCUGCUGUGGCCGACAGGCUUGUGACAGAGCACAGUAACCUGCUGGAACACAUGUUAAAGGGGUUAGUUUGCACCGAUGAAGGGGUGCAAGCUUCGGCCUGUUACCUGUAUGGGAAACUCUUCUCCUCACCGGGGGCCGCAGAGAUGCUUUCUGGUCAUUUCCGUGAGAAGUUGUGCCCCCUCUUCCUUUCCACCCUGGAUGGUGCCCAGACAAAGGAGCUACAGAUCAACUGCUUGGGCCUGCUGAGGGAGCUGCUGAAGUUCGACCUGUUUGUGUCCAUGAUCAUGGACAAGUCUGCUCUGGUGGAAAGUUCUAGCGCUGCGGGGUUGCCCAGAGAGAGCUCUCUGCCUUUGGUCCUGAAGAAGCUUCUGCUUUCACGAGACGAGACUCUGCAGGUGGCUAGCACUCGCUGCAUCACUGCAGUACUUGUCCACUCACCUGCAAAGCACGCCCCAGCCUUCCUCCAUGCUGACAUCCCGGAGUUCCUCUUCGAGCACCUGUUAUCUCCCAGCGAUGUGCUGGUCUGGUCCAGCUGCAGCUGCCUCAUCCUCCUGGCAGAGGAGCCACUCUUCUUCUCCAAAUGCCACACGGUGUAUGGGAUUGAGUCGGUGGUGAGGAGCCUGCAGAGGAAUCUGAGGACAGACAACUUAGAGCUGCAUAAGCAGGGCCUGCUGCUCUUCGCUGAGAUCCUGUCUCGGCAGCCAGAGGAGAUCAAGCUGUUCAGCACCUCAGCCCUGUGUGGGGAGGCGAGCCGAGCCCUGCGGGAGGCUGUGAGCAGCCCCGUGCUGGAUGUGGCUGCAGAGGCCAUGAAGGCCACUUCGGCCUUUUUGAGGAAGGAUCAUCAGAGCACGCCCCCCGUGCAGUACGGGGAGUUGCAGGCCCUGCUUGAGGCCAUGCUGAAACGGUGUGCAGAAUUUCCCCAGACCAUGUCCAACAGGAAGCUGCUGAACCAGGCACCCAGCAUGCAUGCUGAGAAAGCUCUUGUCCGAAGGGGAGAGUUCCUGCUGAGUGCACUGGAGGGCUUCAGAAAUGCCUGCAGGUUGGCUGUAGAAUUCCAGAGUGAGCCUUUGGCCCAGGAGAAUCCUUUCACUGCUCCCAGUGCCAAGAAGGAAGCCACCUUGGAUGCCUUUGCCGAGUUCCUUCUCAGUGCCUGUGACACCCUCUGCAUCCCCCUGGUGAUGAGACACUCAGAGAAGGUGACCCACCCAGGCUUGAUGGAAGUGUUCCUGUCUGUCCUGCACAGCCUCUUUGUCAUCGUUCCUCACAUGAAGGAGAAAUUCUCCAAGAAGCUUGCUGCCUCAUCCUUCAUACGACUCGCGCUGGAACUGAAGGCCAGGUUCUGUAGUCGCCCGAGUUACUCAGCCCUCAAUCAGGUGUGUUCCAGUUUCCUCUACUACAUGUGCCUCAGCCUCCUGUCAGCUCCAGAGAAGGCUGCGCCUCUGUCCCCAGAAGAGCUGUCCUCAGUGGCCGAGCUCCUGCAGCAAGGACUGCCGCGCGUCAGAAGCCAGGUGUCUGUGAGCCUCACGCUGCUAUCCGAGGGCUGCUACGUGGAGGGCACGACUCGCCAGACUCAGUACUGCAUCCUGCUGCUGUUCUAUCUGGCCUUUGUGCAUGAGGACCGGUUUGUUUCUGAAGCAGAGCUGUUUGUGGCCGUUCAGAGCUUCCUCCUGUCUCUGCAGGACCAGGGAGAGCAGCCUCCACUCCUGGUCUUCAGAGCUUCCAUCUACCUUCUUGCUGUGUGCCAGGACAAUGAUGAUGCCCUAGAAGAGGCUGCAGUCAGCGCUGUCAGAAAGUUCCUCGAGGCCAUUCCAGACUUGAACCUGGUCUACACGCAUCAUCCCCUCGUGCUCCGAUUUUUCCUGCUCUACCCACAGCUGAUGAGUCGGUUUGGAUACCGUGUCCUGGAACUGUGGUUCUCCUGGGGAGAAGAUGAUUAUGAGGGUCUGGACGAUUCUCCCUCUCCUGGAACACCCCCCUCCGUGCCCGCCAGCCUGGGGACCUUGUUCCACAUGCUCCGGAACAGCCCCAGCAUCCUGCUCAUUCUGAUAGACCUCAUCCAUGCCAGCCCUGUGGACACAGCCCGCAAGGUACUCAUCACCCUGAGGACCUUUCUGAGGACAAACGAGGAUGUCCAAGUGUGUGGUCUCAUCCGAAGCCACUUCCUAGUGAUCCUGCAACAGAUGUUGGUGGAGCAUGGGGUCUCCCCAUCGCAAGGACCUGGGAACCUGCCCUUGCUGCUGAACCUCCUCUCCCUGGUGCAGCUGAGGAACGAGUCGGGGCAUGAGCUGGACAGCCUGGCCAUGAAGCUCCUUCACCAAGUGAGCGUGCUGUGUGGGAGAUGUGGUCCCGCCGAUGAGGCCGUUCUGCAGCCGUCCUUCAACUUCCUAUACUGGAGCCUCCAGCAGACCCCGCCAGGCAGUCAGAAAAGAGCUGCUGCAGUGCUCUUGAGCAGCUCGGCCCUGCUGCUACUCCUGGAGAAGAUCCUGGCCCUGACGGGGGCUGGGGCUGGGGCUGGCCCACCCAGUGCGGCGCUGCUCUGCUCGGCCUGGCUGAUCACGGACUCCUGCUCCGCUCAGCAGCACAGCGGCGGCCUGCAGGUCCAUCAGACCCUGUCCGUGGAGCUCCCCCAGGUACUGCAGGUCCUCAGCUUCCCGAAGAAGCAGACUGUGUUGCUGUCCGCUGCCGUUCUAUGCUUCCUGCGCACUGCCCUCCAGCAGAGCUUCUCCUCGGCCCUGGUGGUGCUGGAGCCUUCGGACCCACCCCAGUCGCCAGCCCCUGAAGACGCUGGCCUCACUCCCCUGAGGACGACAGAAGUGCUCACCCUGGUCAUCGCACUGCAGAAUCUCCUGGUGCAGAGGGACCCGCUGCUGUCUCAGGCCUGUAUCAGCUGCCUGGAGGCCUUGCUUGGCUACCUGCAAGCCCGGAGCCCCAAGCUCGCGCUCCAUGUGGCCACGCAGCCCUGGAAUCGGUUCCUCCUAUUCACCCUCCUGGAUGCUGGAGAGAAUUCUUUUCUCAGACCUGAGGUCUUAAGGCUCAUGACGCUGUUCGUACGCUUCUGCAGUAGCAAAAGUGGCAGCAGCAUCCUCUCCGCCCAGGAGGUGGCCCAGGUGCUGCAGGGUGCGACUGAGGCCCAGCUCUCCGCUCUCUCAGACACCCAGUUCCAGGCUCUGUACAAUUUCAUCCUGCAGGUCCAGAGCAGAGACCUCCUGACAGACCUGAGCAUGGCCCAGGCCUUGCAGGCCUCCUUGGAGAGCCUCUCCCCCAGGGCCUCUGCCCAGCCACCCCUUCAGGACAUGCUCUGCCUGGGAGGGGUGGCUGUGUCGCUGUCCCACAUCAGAGACUAA